AUGGUGCCUCGUCCUCACCUGAACACCAUCGCCGUCACCAUCCCCACCGCUCGUCUGCCGAUACCCUGCACCGCUUCCCGCUGCUCCUCCCCAUACAUCCACCAAGCCGCCGCAGAAUCCCAACUCAUCUCUGCCAUUGAUGCCUCCAACGGCCUUCUCCACGCCCGGGAGACCCAUGCCCGUCUCCUCCGUCUCGGCUUCCGCGAUAGCAGCUUCCUUCUCGCGAAGCUCCUCCGCCGCCUCGCCGAGCACGGGAUCCCCAUGGAUCCCUACCCGCGUCUCGUCUUCUCCCAGGUCCGCCACCCCAACUCCUUCCUCUGGACCUCCCUCAUCCGCGGCUACUCCCUCCGAGGGCAAUUACAGCAGGCCCUCCUCCACUUUGCUUCCAUGAGGCGACAUGAGGUGCCUCCCCUCUCGUUCACCUUCUCCGCCCUCUUUAAGUCCUGCGGUGCGGCGAAGUCCCUUGGCUCGGGAACACAGCUCCACGCCCAGACAAUCUUCAUCGGGGGUUUCAACUCCGAUCUCUACGUCCAGAACACACUAAUCGGAAUGUACGUCGAAUGCGGUGAGCUAGCUUUGGCGCACAAGGUGUUCGACAAAAUGAGUGUAAGAGAUGUAAUCUCUUGGACUUCACUGAUCGUGGCUUACUCGAGGAGCGGCAACAUGGGUCUGGCAGGGGAGCUGUUCGAACAGGCUCCUGAGAAGGAUACGGUGGCAUGGACGGCGAUGGUCUCCGGUUUCGCUCAGAAUGCUCGGCCGAGAGACUCUCUGACUUUCUUCCGGAGGAUGAAGGAGGAAGGUGUGGAGACCGACGAUGUCACCCUGGUCGGCGUGAUCUCCGCGUGCGCGCAGUUAGGGGCCGUUAUGGAGGCCAAGAAGAUCUCCGACGAUCUCCACAGAAGGGGCUCCCACAGGGGCCUCGUUGUAGGGUCAGCCCUCGUCGACAUGUUUGGAAAGUGUGGGCUCAUCGACGAGGCACGGAGGGUGUUCGACGCCAUGGAGGAGAAGAAUGUGUACACUUACAGUGCAAUGAUAGUAGGCCUGGCGGCUCAUGGGCAAGCCAAGGAUGCGCUCAAACUGUUCGAGGAAAUGGUGACGAAGAGUUCUGUGAAGCCGAAUAGGGUCACCUUCAUCGGGGUGCUAACUGCCUGCAGCCACGCAGGACUGGUCGAGGAGGGCCACUAUUACUUUGAAACCAUGUGGGAUAGACACGCGAUCGUACCAUCCGCUGACCACUAUGCCUGUAUGGUUGACCUGCUAGGUCGGGUAGGCUUAUUGGAGGAAGCUCACGCCCUGGUCAACUCCAUGCCGGGGGAGCCUCAUGGAGGCGUGUGGGGCGCACUUCUUGGCGCCUGUAGGAUCCACGGGAACGCCGAAAUCGCCGAAGUUGCAGCAGAAUCUCUCUUCAAGCUCGAACCGCACGCCAUUGGGAACUACAUCGUGCUCUCUAACGUGUAUGCGCAGGCGGGCAUGUGGGAGAAGGUGUUGAAGGUGAGGGGGUUGAUGAGAGAGAGAGGCUUGAGGAAGAAUCCGGGCUGUAGCUUGAUGGAGACCAAGGACGGGGUCCUCCAUGAGUUCUUUGCGGGGGAUGUCUCCCAUCCGAGGACGAAUGAGAUAAAGGCUGCCCUUGAGGAGCUUCUCGGAAAGCUGAAGGUCGCCGGGUACGUGCCGAAUCUGAGCUCUGUUCACUACGACGUCAGCGACGGCGAGAAGGAGAGGCUGUUGAAGGGUCACAGCGAGAAGCUCGCUCUGGCGUUCGGGAUUCUGACCACUGGGGUCGGGCAGACAAUCAGGAUCGUGAAGAACCUCCGCGUGUGCGACGACUGCCAUUCGGUCAUGUGCUUCGCCUCUUCUGUUGCAGAGAGAAAGAUCGUGAUUAGGGAUAACCUGAGAUUCCACCACUUCCAAGACGGAGUGUGUUCGUGUGGCGGGUUUUGGUAG